UUGUAUUUUUGGUUCUAUAUAAACCACCCACAAUUCCUUACUUCUUUUUUCAUCACUCUCUCAACAAACCAACUCAUCUUUUCUUGAAUAUAUAAUAUAAUAUUCAUUUUCUUUUCUUUUUUCCUUUUUUUUUUAUUGUAAGAUAUUAAUUUUUCUGUUGGGAAUAAAAAAAAUAAUAAAUAUUCAGUAUUCAUGGGUAAAGAGAAGAUCCUGCAUUUGGUGUUUGGAAUCUUUGGAAAUGCCACGGGUUUGUUUCUGUUCUUGGCUCCAACGGUUACAUUCAAGAGGAUCAUCACCAACAAAUCGACCGAGCAAUUCUCCGGCAUACCCUACGUCAUGACCUUGCUCAAUUGCUUGCUCGCCGCUUGGUACGGUAUGCCGUUCAUAUCACCAAACAACGUCCUAGUAUCGGCUAUAAACGGCACUGGAGUGGUGAUCGAGUCGAUUUACGUGCUUAUAUUUCUCAUAUACGCACCUAAAAAGGAGAAGGGCAAGAUCUUAGGGCUUCUACUUUUGAUUCUCGCAAUAUUUACGACGGUAGCCCUGGUCUCGAUUCUCGCCUUUCGCGGACACGACAAUUUAAAGAAGCUGUUUUGUGGUAUAGCUGCUACAUUAUUCUCCAUCAUAAUGUAUGCUUCUCCUCUAUCUGUCAUGAGGCUGGUGAUUAAAACCAAGAGUGUGGAGUAUAUGCCUUUUUUGCUGUCACUGUUUGUUUUCCUGUGUGGUACUUCUUGGCUGAUUUAUGGUUUAAUUGGGAAGGACAUGUUUAUUUAUAUUCCAAAUGGAUUUGGGUGCUUAUUGGGAACAAUGCAGCUAUGUAUAUACGCAAUUUACCGCAAUAAAAAAGGUGAAAUCAAGAAAUUACCGUCUGCGGAAAUGGGCCUUGCUAAAUCCAAUUAUUUUCAGAAUGGACAAUCCUAAUUAAUUUUAAUUAAUUUUAAUUUCCAUCCAGUUUAAGAAAAUAUUCUGCAUUUAGUAUUUUGUUGUUGUUGUUUCUUUUUGGUGUUUUUAUGGUUAAUGGAUAUAAUAAUUUUGUACUUUUAAUUAUAAUCUUAUUUUAUUUUGUUACU